ACUCCCCCCUCCGGCUCCUUUCCCCCUCAACCACAAACUAUCUCUCAGAAGCUUAAGGCCCUCAGCAGAGAAUACGGGUACUCUGCCGUCGGCGUAUACCUCGCCCUCUCUGCGUUGGAUUUUCCGUUCUGCUACCUCGCGGUGCGGUGGCUUGGCACGGAUCGGAUCGGCCGGUGGGAGCAUAAGAUCCUUGGCGGGUUUUGGUGGAUGGUGGGGAUGGUGGCGCCGGGUAUGGCGGAGCGGAGGGCGGAGAGGGUGACGGUGGGAGCGGACGGGGUUGGAGGGGAUGGGGAUGGGAUGGAAGGGGGGAUGGACAUGGAAAAGGAGAUUGGGGGACGAAAGACUGAGGGGGCAAUCUGGACCCAGCUGGCACUGGCGUAUGCGAUCCACAAAUCCCUAAUCUUCAUCCGGGUGCCGCUCACGGCUGCCGUCUUGCCCAAGGUUGUUAAAACCUUGAGGAGCUGGGGUUACAAUAUUGGGAAGAAAAGACCGAAG